CUCGAUUCGUUUCUACUCUUGUUACUUUAAUCGACAUUGUUCGAUUGUAGAAUGUGGAAUUUGACUGCUUUCGCUCUGCUAUUUACUCUUACUCUGUUGUGUUCCGCUCAAAAUUCGGAAGAGGAUUGCGCCAAAACGUGUGUAAACGGAUAUAUGUACACCGUUAACAAAAAGGAAACGAGGAAUACAUAUGGCCGUUGCCCCUGUCGUCCGUACGCCCUUAGAUCCAGCCGCAACUUCGAAGGAGGAUAUCCGACUUACAGAGACCAACAUCCUUACGAUUUGCUGCGUGAUUAUCUAAAGCAGUAUGAAGAUUUGAGAAGGGAAACAGAUUUUAGAUUAAAUGUAAGCUUUCAGCUGCAAGACGGAAGACGAUGAAUCCAAAGAAAUCAUAUAACUCAUUUCACAUUUUCUAAGAGCAGUUUUGCAUUUUUGGAUUAAAACGUUUUCAUGGAAGACGUAUCGAUGAUUGGAACUUGCUUGUGAAUAAAACAUAAGAUAAAAUAACAGCAUAGUCAUAAGUUUUUUUUCCUUUUAUUCAGCUGAUUAAGAGCCAAUGCUUGUCUAUUUCCAUGUAAUAAAUAUGCAUUAAAUAUUUGAGACCAGUUACAUUGAAAUUUUUACUGUAAUGCUAAAGAUGAUCUUAAUAAAGGAUGAUAAAAAC